GUGUGCCCAAAAACCUGCUCUUCCAAAUCACUAUCCACAACCCAUUACAUACUCGCCUCUCUGUCCUCACAUCACCCAAUUGUGUUCUAUAGCCAUGGAGAACUCAUCUUCUUCUUCUCCCCCUCCUCUACCUCAUCAUCAACUCCUCUCCACCCUCCUCAUCUCCGCUGUCCCCCUCUUACUUUUCAUCAUUGUUAUCACCCGAUCACGUCGAAAACUCCCAUACCCGCCGGGCCCGAAAGGGUUUCCGGUGAUCGGAAACAUGUUGAUGAUGGAUCAGCUGACUCACCGGGGACUAGCCCGACUCGCCGAGCAAUACGGUGGACUAUUCCACCUCAAAAUGGGCAGCCUACACAUGGUGGCGAUUUCAUCACCGGAGAUAGCCCGUGAUGUCCUUCAAGCCCAGGACAGCGUGUUCUCGAACCGUCCGGCCACCACGGCUAUCGCCUACCUGACCUAUGACCGGGCCGACAUGGCCUUCGCUCAAUACGGUCCGUUUUGGCGCCAAACGCGAAAGAUUUGUGUCAUGAAGGUUUUCAGUCGGAAACGGGCUGAGUCAUGGGCAUCGGUACGCGAAGAGGUCGAUUUACUGAUAGGAAACAUCGCGACCAAAGUAGGAUCGCCGAUUAAUGUAGGCGAGGCAGUGUUUUGUUUGACGAAAAACAUAAUAUAUAGAGCGGCGUUUGGGACGAUAACUGACGAAGGACAAGAAGAGUUUGUGAAAAUUUUGCAGGAGUUUUCGAAACUGUUUGCAGCUUUCAACAUCGCCGAUUUUUUCCCAUCGAUGGGUUGGAUUCAUGGGAAGGAGCUCAAUAAUCGGCUUGAGAAAGCUCGCAGAUCGCUUGAUGGGUUUAUCGAUAAGAUUAUUGAUGAGCAUGUUGAGAAGAAGAAGAGAGAUUGUGAGAAUGAUGAUGAUGGUGAAGUGGAGACUGAUAUGGUGGAUGAGUUGAUGGCUUUUUACAGUGAAGAUGGUAGGAAAGAAGAUGGGGAUGAGUUGAAGAUCACCAAAGAUAACAUCAAAGCUCUUAUUAUGGACGUGAUGUUUGGCGGCACUGAAACAGUCGCAUCGGCGAUCGAAUGGUCAAUGGCGGAGCUAAUGAAGAAUCGGGAAGAUCUAAAGAAGGUCCAACAAGAACUCGCCGAUGUAGUAGGCUUAGAUCGGAAAGUCAACGAGUCUGACCUCGAAAACCUUCCUUACUUCAAAUCCGUAAUCAAAGAAACCCUCCGCCUCCACCCUCCCAUCCCCCUCCUCCUCCACGAGACCUCCGUCGACGCCGCCGUCGCCGGAUUCCGAAUUCCUGCCAAGUCCCGAGUAAUGAUCAACGCGUGGGCGAUUAAUCGCGAUAAGGAUUCAUGGGUCGACCCGGACUCUUUCAAGCCUUCGAGGUUUCUCAAUGGUGGGGCUCCGGAUUUCAAAGGAAGUAACUUCGAGUUCUUGCCAUUCGGGUCGGGUCGGAGAUCGUGUCCGGGUAUGCAACUCGGACUCUAUGCAAUGGAGCUCGCAGUGGCCCAUCUCUGCCAUUGCUACUCUUGGGAGUUGCCUGACGGAAUGAAGCCUAGCGAGCUUGAUAUGAAUGACGUGUUCGGACUCACUGCGCCGAGAGCGAUUCAACUCGUCGCGGUGCCCAGUCAUCGGUUGCUUGGUUCACUUGCUUGAAAGAGGAGAGAGAAUUGGAUUAUUAUUAUUAUAGUAUAGAGAAUAAUUUGGAUGGCACCGUUUGGAUGGUUCCUAAUUAAAAGAAAAAUGACUUGGACUCCCGGCUGGGGUGCUGGGGGUCGCCCAUGAUUGGG